UUUCCAGAAUAAAAUUUCCAAACUGGUAGCUUAAGGCACAAAAUGUCUCAAUGUCCUAAAUAUAUUGCAGUGCAGUGGACUUCUUGUAUUUUUCAACAUGAACGCUUUAGAUGAAAAUUUUUUAUAUUCAAGUUUUCAAGUAUUUUGCCCUUAAUAAACCUUUAAAAUUGAAGUUUCAGAAACACAAACGUGCCAUCCUUUCGUUGCAUUAAUCUCAAUGUGCAGUAAAAAACUUAAAUUAGAAUGUUGCUAAAUUUGCUGUUUAGUGACCUUGUAGAUUUAUUUUCAUGUUAAUGAUUGGUUAAUCACAAGUAUGUAGAUGAGCCUGUGUGUCAUAAUGUUAGAAAGAGUGCAAGCACAUAUUUAUGUCUGCGUUUAGUUGCAUCAUCACUAGGCAAUGACAUACUGGAACUGAAACUCGGAGUCUGUUUAUGUGGCGUGUUCAUGAGAUAAGUACAAAUGUAAUAUUUAACAAAUUCUGUUGAAAUAAAUGCCAUUAUAACUUUACCCCUCUACUGUAAACAUAAAUGCACUUUCAAGUUUCUCAUUGUCUCAGUUGGUAUUUUCAGCUCUGGUAUAAUGUUCCUCCUCAUAGCUCAGGGGCUCAUGGAAAGUCCCCUCUUUGUUCUGUUUAUCGAUUUCCAAACAAAACAUGGGUGCAACAACUCACCAGCACAGCUUGUGGUAGGGACUGUUUUACUGCAGAAGGAAAACAAACAGAGACACGUGUUAAUCCAGUUCCUUACCAAGCCGGCAGCAAAGUAUAUUUACAAUGAAUGUCUUAUUCCGACUAAAAAUCUAGAUGAUCCCGAUGAAACCCCCACGUCAGACUCAGACAGAAUUAAGCAGCCAGAAGAAAAUGACUGUCCCUUAAUGACCAUAACAGGUUUAUCCAGGAUCAAAAACGUAUGCCAAGAAAGCAGUGAGAGCUGCAGCUUGGCCCCAACCAUAAGUGAUAUUCUGAAUGAUGAGGAUCUGCUGUACAUUCUCAAGCUUAAGCUUGAUCCUUGCCACCCAACCAUAAAGAACUGGAGAAACUUUGCCAGCAAAUGGGGAAUGAAUUACGACGAAUUAUGUUUCCUCGAGCAGAAGCAACAAAGUCCCACAAUUGGAUUUUUAUUACGUAACAGUGAAAGGACAGUGGAGCAACUCAUUGACCUGUGCAAGCUUUAUCAAAGGGCUGAUGUCCAGAAGGUGUUAUCAAAAUGGGUAAAUGUGGAUUGGCCAAUGAGAGUAUAUAAAAAACCACAAGAGCAAUGUCUAUCAUGAACUACUGAUAAACUCAUAGCAGUGUAAAGUAGAGAAGUGCUCCUUUCCACUGACACAGUGUUGGGCUAUUCUUACUGUACUCAUGGCAUCUCUGCACCAGGCCACUACUCACUAGUACCAUUGUGUCAUCUUCUUCAUUUGCGAGAACAUUAAACAUAAAACCCAUUGUAUUUUUAUAAGAACAGACUUCAUACGUGUUCAUAGCUCUGAUCUAGUAUAAAGCAUUUUGCUUACAGUAAGUAUAGAAGCUUGUAUUAGAGUCCUGCGCUGAACCAAUUUACGAGACCCGGACUGGACCCGAACCUGAAACCCACAGUCUGCGACCCGAACCGCAACACAUUUUAAUCUGCUACCUGACCCCGGCCUGCAACUGCCUGAUCUGCAGCCUGAUCUGCAACCUGUCGAACACCAUUAAACAGGAAGUUCUGUUGUUGCAAAUCGGACGUGACGUCAUUAAAGGUGGGCGGGGACAGAAAAAAGGUUUGUAAAAUUUUAAAAGGAGUAAAAUAUAGACAAUAUAACAUAAGAUAAGACCUGCAGACCCGCGACUCGCAGACCCGGAUUUAUACCCAUACCUGAAAAUCCUACCCUCAUCCCUCUGAGUACCUGCUUUUUUUGUGGGUACCCAACCUGCUGCAGGACUGUAGCUUGCAUCAGUAAAACUUGUAUGUGGUUCAAAUAAAGCAGCUUUGUGGUCAAGGUUAAGUACACAGGAGCAGAUAACAUUCUGAAUGAAUACCUUUUUUCAAUUAGUUAUUCCCAGCUUAUAAUGCCCCUUAAAUAUAAAGGGCAGCCCGAUCUUCAAAACACAUUCUUUAUUCAAGAAAAUAAACCCACAUUCCUUAUUGCACAUUUUACUGUAGAUCAGCUAGGGUACUGGUUAUGUAACAAGGCAAAGAAAAUAAAAAGAACAUGACAUAUAAAAGUCCUAGAGGCAGCAAGAGAAAAACUAUAUAAAUAAAAAGAAUUGUUCUCAUCAGUUUACACAUGAUGCCUGGGUGAAUUUGCUCCAGGAUUACAGCUCAAGGUGAAGGUAUUAGACCAAUGUAAAAACACUUUAUUUUAGGCAAAUAGUAUAUGUACACAAAGCCUUACGCGUUUUAUGCAGUUAGAGACUUAAUCAUAAGCUCAGAGGAAAAAAUGACCAAAGCCAGCAGGGUGAAGUGGAUAUGUUAUGCUUUCAACACCGACUACUGGAACAGAGAACAUGGAGCCAGAUUUACACAGAUCAGAUGGAAUUAUCAUUGGAUGAUUCUGUUGCCUUUUAAUACAGCUGCAAACUGUGGAGAGCAGGGGAAUAAUUUAUUGCACAACAUUGCUAUAUGAAUACACUAAUGUUGCUGGACUAGAGGUCCCAGUAUGCCUUAACCUUGAUAAUGUGUUACAUUAUUAUGGGAUUUUUAAUCACUUUUUGAGAAAAGUGUGGAUGUGCAGUGCAGCGGUGUAGAUGUGCAGUGUAGAUGUCCUUUAAGAAAGGUCUGCUAAGGAUAAAUACAUAAAUAUAAAUUCUAAAUUUGAAGGAAUUUAUGCUUUGAAAUAUUGCAAAUUUUCAAAAUGUUUCCUAUUUUUUGGAUGCCAAAUUAAAAACAGAACUUAAAUGGAUUUCAUUAGUGAAAGUAAAAAGGGCAAACCUCAGCUUACAAUAUGUUUAUACAGUGAACAGUGAAUGUUUUUCCUUUUAUUAAAGAUUGAAAUUUUGUGUGA